GAUCGGCCACGGCAAGUUCUCGAAGGUUUACAAGGGCCGAAAAAAGUUCACCAUCCGCUUCGUCGCCGUGAAGAGCUUCGAGAAGAGCCGAAGAGAAAAGGUCCUCACAGAGGCUGAGAUCCUUUCGAAGCUUAGCCAUCCGAAUGUUCUUGGCUUCGUCAACAUGUACGAGACGCGGAAUCACCUGUGGGCCAUUUUCGAGUACUGUGCUGGCGGAGACUUGCUUCGACUGCUGAAGCAAGACGGCAGCCUCCCCGAAAACCAGGUGCGCAUCUUCGGUGGCGACAUUUGUGCCGGCCUGCUGCACGUCCACUCGCGUGGGAUCGUCUAUGCUGACCUAAAGCCGGCGAACAUUCUAUUCGAUGAGAAUGAGACGCUGAAGCUCUGUGAUUUCGGUCAAGCACAGCGGGUCGAAGCCAUCGAGCGUGCUCUGGCCGAAGGACGGCAGCCACCUCGGAAGGGCUCGCCGCAGUACAUGGCGCCGGAACUCUUCCUCGAGGGCGGCAUCCACUCUUUUGCCUCGGACCUGUGGUCCCUGGGCUGCGUUCUCUUCGAGCUGCUGACUGGCGCGCCGCCAUUCAGCUCUGUGUCCCAUCAGCAGCUGCAGCAUCUCGUACUCUCUGCGGAGCCUCCACCGGCAAAGGCUUCGCUCGACUUCGAGGACCUGAAAGCGCAGCUGCUGCGGAAAUCUCCGGUCGAACGGGUCGUCUGGCCUGACCUGCGUCUACACAGUUGGUGGGGCAGCCUUUCACCUGGCGACAGCCGCGAUGCCGCUUCCCACUUUCAUUCUAGGUACAGGUGA